AUGAUUAUAUCUUUGUUAAAAAUCAUCACAAAAUGGAUUGAAAAAUUAGAAAUUACAGACGAGAUUACUGCUUCAUAUGAAUUCAAAUUAUUAUCUCGUUUUCAAGAUGGUGAUACAAUAAGAUAUUUACACGCAGAAGUUACGAUCGCAACAAUCGUAGGCAAUUUCUUUCACUCUAGAAAAACAAAAGAUAGUUUUGUAUUCUCAUUUAAGGAUAAUGAUAUUAAUAAUCAUAUUUUAAGCCGUAUAAAGAAGAAAUAUACUAUGUGUAAUUGCCUUAGAUUUGGUUACUCAGAUCUUAAAAUAUUAAGCUCUUUUUAUGGUAGAUGUGAAAUGUCUGAUUAUGAAAAACCGAUCAGGGACACUGUAGAUGGAUUUGAAAUAGAAAUUUGUGAAAUAUUUUUAAUCACAAAAAUUAAUGCGGAAGAAUAA